UAUUCUUCUUGACGAAGACGUGUAAGCGGAACAUCAGGUGUUGAGGUUUGUUUCUCUCAGUGCUGCUUCUAAAGUGGCACCAAGUGAACCGGAUGUUGUCUGAAUGUCAAAGAUGGCGUUCGACGUGUCCUGUUUGUGAAGUGAACACAGCUGAGGAGGAGAUGGCGCUGAGUGGAUUAAAUCGCAGUGUGCGGCAGCUGUUAGGUCAAAUUCAACGGUGUCGUCCGGUUGUGGCUACAAACCAGACCGCUCGUUGUCUGAGCCAAGAAGCCUCCCAGCCGGAGCCCAGCGCGGACGACAAUGAAGCCGUGAACCCGACCUUUGUGAACAGAAACCCCCGGAACCUGGAGCAGAUGGCUCUGGCUGUGAAAGACCGGGGCUGGAAGACGACCUGGCCCCACCGGCAGUUCUACCACAGGUUGGUGUUUUCUCGCACUCAGCAUCAUGUGACGGCACAAGUGUUCUCCAGCAGCUCUCCUGUCCCAGUGCUGACCUGUUCAACCACGGAGUGGGCCGUGAAAAAGGAGCUGGCUUCUACAAGGUGUGUGGCAGCGUGUCAGGCUGUGGGCGAGGUGCUGGCACAUCGAUGUCAACAGGCUGGCAUCACCAGGAUGGUGUACAGGGCCAUUCCCUGGACGUACCGCUCUGACGCUGUUCAGUCUUUCAGGGCAGCAAUGAAAGGAGGGGGAAUCACCCUCAGUGAACCCAGAAGGAAAUACAUCGGGACCUAAAUUUACGUGUCAUCUAUCGCAUCUGUUGUUUUGUAAAAAUAUCCUUUGUGACCCUUUACUAUAUCUGCUCUGUGGUGAAUUAUGACUGUACCAGUACUACAGUAAAUUACAAUUAUAAAGAGACUCAAAAUGAUCGCUGAAGCAAGGUUGCUUAUCCCUGUGCUCUGUCUCUUGUGGAUAAAAAUGUUUCUGAACAUAAGCAUUUCUCCUCUGGUGUGUUAUUCAAUCAAGAAACAAAGCAGUUGGUUUAAGUAUAAUAAUUUAUUUUUCACUCAUAAUGC